UGACUCGCGGACCCACAGCGCCCCCUAACGACGCGGUCCAUAACACAUCCUGCUCAGAGAGGUGAGGACUGCAGCGAGAGAACAAUGGGAGUGGACGUGGAAACCAUCAGACCAGGAGACGGAAAGACUUUUCCGCAGAAAGGACGCACGGUUUUCGUGCACUAUGUUGGUACGCUGAUGAACGGGAAGAAGUUCGACUCCUCCAGGGAUCGAGGAGAGCCGUUCCAGUUCAAACUGGGAGCUGGGGAAGUUAUCCGCGGUUGGGAUGAUGGCGUGGCUCGGAUGAGCGUGGGUCAGCUGGCCAAGCUGACCUGCUCGCCGGACUUCGCCUACGGCAGCAGAGGAUACCCGCCCAUCAUCCCUCCAAACUCCACCCUCAUCUUCGAGGUGGAGCUCCUGAAAUGCUGAGUGGUUUCAGCGGCGACUUCCUCCUGAGUUUUCCAUUCCACCCACAUCCUCAUCUUCCUCACAAGCCGAUGUUUCUCAGAGUGCCACAGGAAUCUUUUCUGCCGUUGAAGCCGUUCUAGAAUUAAGAGUUAAAUUAAGACGAUCCCACCUUCUUGUUGUUUUUGAACAGAAGCUGAUUCACAUUGAAACGGAACUGCUUUUGGGUUUCAUACCGGAAAGUUCUAAUUUUAGCCUCAUUUUUCUGCCGCUCCUCAUAAGUCUUAAGGUGACGGUGGGCGGAGCUUCUGGACUUACGGAUCUGUUUUUCCUUCAUUAUUUUCUUUAUAAAGAAACUUUGGGAACAAAUCGGCCCAAUGAUUUUGACGGGACAGAAUCCGUCUGGGAUCUCGUGGGUCUUUUUCCAGCGCCGUGGUGGUUCUUCACGUCUCGCCGCUUUAGUGACAGACGAGUUUUUCCUGCGUCGUUUUUUUCUCUCUGCGUUUAAAAAAGUCGGCACAAAUUAAAAAAAACCAAACAGAAACCACUGAACCAGUUGUUCACUCUGCUUCCCUUCGUGUUGCCAUACUUCAUGUAAAGAUUCUGACACGUGUUCUUGGACCCGUCCUCGUCCGUGUGGCGAUGAAAACCUUCGUCUCCUCUUCCUCACUGAAUCACUCAGAUCUUUUUUUGUGGGUAUUGCAGUCUUACAAUAAAGCCAGGAUACAAACCAA